AUGACUAAUGGGAAUAUGAAGAUAUUUUUAAAAAUAGCUGAUUUUAGUCAGAAAGAAGGGGUGAAAAAAGGGCGAAGAAUUUUACUGACAUUAGGCAAAUUGAUCCUUGUCUUUGUUCUGUUGUAUUUUUUUAUCUGUUCCCUGGAUUUCCUCAGUUCAGCCUUUAGAUUGGUGGCUGGCAAAACAGCAGGAAAUGUGUUUGCUGACAGUGAGUUAUUAAUGAAUCCUAUUAGUGGAUUAAUGAUUGGUGUCCUAGCAACAGUUUUACUUCAGUCUUCUUCAACCUCUACAUCUAUUAUAAUUACCAUGGUGUCUGCUAACAUUAUUGAUGUCCAACCAGCCAUACCAAUAAUCAUGGGUGCCAAUAUUGGAACCACUGUAACCAAUACCAUUGUUUCCAUGGCUCAUUCUGGAGAUAAGGAAGAAUUCCGUAGAGCAUUUUCAGGUGCCACAGUUCAUGAUGUGUUUAACUGGUUAACUGUACUAGUUCUUCUUCCAUUAGAAGUAACUACAGGUUGUCUUUACCAACUGACCAAGAAGAUUGUGGACAACUGGAAUUUUGAAACAUUCAAAGGUGGUAAAAAAGAUUUAUUAAAAACCAUCACCAAACCUUUAACCAAAUUAGUUGUACAGAUUGACAAAAGUGUAAUUACGGAUAUCGCCGAAGGUAAAGCUGAUGUCGAAAACAAAACUAUACUGAAAAUUUGGUGUAAAUAUGAUAAAGUAAUAAUUAACAGUACCAUGACAACAGAAUUAACCAAUCAAAGUUCAGUAUUAAAUUCUACAUUGCCAUCAUUUUAUAAAGAACCUGUUGAAAAAUGUGUAUCAGUGUUUAGUUAUAUUGGUUGGAGUGACACCAUUUCUGGAAUUGUUCUUCUCAUCUGUUCUUUAUUAAUGCUCAGUGGUUGCCUCAUUCUCAUAGUUAAAUUACUACAUUCCAUCCUUCGCGAAGAAAUAGCUACCAUCUGCAAAAAAACAAUCAACGCCAACUUUCCUGGAAAAUUUUCAUUCCUUACUGGUUAUGUUGCUAUCUUAGUGGGUGCUGGCAUGACAAUUUUAGUACAAAGUAGUUCUGUUUUCACAUCAGCUCUUACACCAUUGGUUGGUGUAGGAUGUUUAGAGCUAGAAAGAAUGUUACCUUUGACCCUAGGGUCAAACAUUGGUACCACAGCAACUGGUGUACUAGCGGCGCUAGCAGCACCUGCAAAACGAUUAGACGUUUCUUUACAACUGGCUCUCUGCCAUCUAUUUUUUAACAUUCUAGGUAUAUUAUUAUAUUACCCCAUUCCUUUUAUGCGUAAACUACCACUUCGUGGAGCUCGUUUCCUUGGAGACACUACUGCUGAAUAUCGUUGGUUUGCGAUUUUUUAUUUAUUUAUGAUGUUUUUAGUCAUGCCUGGUGUAUUUUUCGGAGUUUCCAUGGCAGGUAAAAUUCCACUAAUAAUUGUGAUAUGUACAGUAUUAACAUUAGGAGUAACCAUAACGAUAGUUAACAUUCUACAAUCCAAACUGCCUCGUGUCUUGCCAAACUUUCUUAAAACUUGGGAUUUCUUGCCAGAGUGUUUACGAUCCCUUGCUCCGAUAGACAGGAUCAUUAAAAAAGCACUGAGUGUGUGCAAGUGCUGCCCUUGUGCCUCUUGUAAAUCUGAGCAACCAGAAGAGGAAGUUGUUGAAGAAAUGUCAUCCAGUCCGAUUGUGAAAAAUUGUGGGCCUCGGCAACGAACAAUCAGUAAAUCUAGUCAAGAUGGAAGUACACCAUAUCAAAUGUUAAAACAAGUGAUGCCGAAAUUAAAUCCUCGUAAACGGAACAUAAGUUGUUCAAGCACUGGUGAAAAUGGCUCGGAUGAAAAUCUAAUUGCUGCAAUGGAGAACGGACCAGAGAUGGCAAGCACUGAGCUUUCAUUUGUUGAUGAGAGUAGUCCUGAAUUACCACUGAAGAGCCCCAAAUAGGAACAUCGAAUCUCAAUACCCCUCAUAUCAUUCCCACUUUAUUAUGUACUUUUCUUUGUAGAAUCAUAACAGUUUGAUUUUAUAUACAGCUAUGCAUAAAUUAUCAAUGAUUUUCAAGCCCUCUAAGGGAAAAAUUAUAUCAAACAGCAAAUAAGAGUAAUAGCGAAUACACCAUGUAAAAAUAUAAUGAUAUGCCCUGCGUUACUUUUCUGGGGAGUACGGUUGUUUUGUUUUUGUUUUUGAAAAGUUAACCAUCUCCUGAUAGCAUACAAUCACAGUUGGUUAAAACAUAACUCUGGAAGAAGGGAAUUGAACUUCCAAGUAAAAACCCAUAUACUUUAGAAAUAAUAUUAUUUUUAUAUAUGAUUGUAAUUAUUCUGUUAUUGUAUUAAACUGUAUUUUAUACAAAAAUAAAUGUGUACUGAAUUAUUCGCAAUUGUUCCAUGUGUUGAUUUGCCCAGUAUAAGGAGGAAUUUGUGCAUAUCAUCAAAUACUUUUCUUCUUUUUAUUAACAGUUGUUGGAGAUAACAUGUGAUAUCAAUCAAGGAGUUUUGGUGCAGAUUUGAUCAGUUCCAAGGACUAAAAAUGUGUUAUCGAGACCAUUUGCCUGAAAGACUUGAUCAGAAUCUCAAAUAUAAUAAAAUGAAAUGAAUGGAGUUUUAUGUCCUACUUUUCUGCACCUUAUGGGCCAAGGAAGACGAGCCAAAUAUAAAAAGAACAAGAGUCUUUACAUUCCCUUGGAUUCAGUACAUCCUAAGAUAGUAACAUCUAUUCAGACUAGAUUGGGUAUGCUAGGGGGAAACAACUCCAUCAAAACUCAAAGCUUGCAGUGGAGUGCAAUAACCGAUCACCUGUAUGCAUAUUAAAGAUGGAGGAGCCAAAAAAUUUGUCACUAUGGCAAACAUCACAAAGUUUAUGAUAAGGGGUGAUCUUUAUUUUGAAUCUAGUAAUGAUACCAGUCUCAAGCUCAUGGCAUCAUCUGUUUUAUUACGAAUCUGAACACACUGUCAUUUUAAUUUUCAGUCAAAUCCCAUAAUAAACUACAAACCUAUUUACAUGUACACACUAAACAAG